GGGCGCGGCAUUGACCUGCAACCUAGUAUCUCACCGGGCGAAGCAGCGGGCACACGGUGCUUUUGUUCCUUGAAAGUGGGUGUGGAAAGACAAGACAAGCAUAGUGAUGGAGACUACGAAAUGAAGCAGCCACCUCUUCCCACAGCAAAACCCAAACAAUGCUGCACACCUCUGUGCAAGGAGAUUCAGAUACAAGUUAGGCAGCUCCCUCCGAGCAGAACUGCUUUCUCAAACCCGAGACAUGAAAGGAGGAAGCGACGCGGGAAGUGGAAGAGAAAUCAAGCCUGAAAAGGACCCUGGAGCUGGACUGUCACUCCUCCAAGACCACGCCGCCACUCGCUCCUGUUCGUGCCUCUGGCAAGAGCACGUGUCUGGGGUCCGCGGAGCAGAGCGUGGAGACAAAGCAAACACUUAAAGGCGGCAAUGAGCCUCCGGCCAUCCGGUCUGGCUCCGGUUCUCCACCGAGCUCCCGGUCCUCACCUGCCUCGGCUGCGGUCAUCAAGCGAUCCGUGGGAGAUGCUUGAGCCCAUCCAGGUUUCGGUUCCUCCCCUUUAACUGCGGGCUCAAGGGUGAGGUAGGUGCUCGGGCAGAGGCGGCUCUCGGAGGCGUGGACCUGAAAUCAUCCCUCUUCGGCAAAAGCGGAACGGCUGGCACGGCUACACCUCGGGAGCCUCCGACACGCCUCUUCCCCGCCCGCCCUCCACCGGUCUCACACCGAAACCGCACCGGCCGGGACAGUUUCCGCCGGACCAACGCUCCGCCUGAACUUUCCUGUUCCACCACCGCCACCCCCCAGGCCAAACUCCGACCCCGGUAGUUCCGUUUCCGGCAGCACCAGAUAAGUCGCGAGAGGAAAGUUAAAACCUGCUGUUUGCAUUUAGGACCACUUCGGUUCACGAUGGUCCGUAGUGGGAAAAAUGGUGACCUUCAUCUUAAGCAGAUUGCCUAUUAUAAGCGCACAGGUGAAUAUCAUCCAACUACACUGUCAAGUGAGAGAAGUGGCAUAAGACGAGCAGCAAAGAAAUUUGUCUUCAAAGACAAAAAGCUGUUUUAUGUUGGAAAAGACAGAAAACAAAAUCGUCUGGUAGUUGUUUCAGAAGAGGAAAAAAAGAAAGUCCUAAGAGAAUGCCAUGAAAAUGGCACUGGUGUUCAUCAUGGAAUAUCCAGAACUCUAACUCUGGUGGAGUCAAGUUACUACUGGACCUCUGUGACCAAUGACGUCAAACAGUGGGUAUAUGCUUGUCAGCAUUGCCAAGUAGCAAAAAAUACCGUUCUGGUGGGACCUCAGCAGCACCUUCUCACCGUGGGAAGCCCAUGGAGUGUAGUUACUGUUGAUCUCAUGGGACCUUUUCAUACAAGCGACAGAAGUCAUGUGUAUGCUAUAAUCGUGACCGAUUUGUUCACAAAAUGGAUUAUGAUUUUGCCUUUAUGUGAUGUUUCAGCGUCAGAAAUUUCCAAAGCUAUUAUCAAUAUAUUUUUCUUAUAUGGACCUUCUCAGAAAAUAAUAAUGGAUCAAAGAGAUGAAUUCAUUGAACAGAUCAAUACAGAACUGUAUAGAUUGUUCGGUACAAAACAGAUUGUAAUUUCUCAUGCUUCUGAAAGUGUCCAUCCAUCCGAGAGUACACCGAGCACAGUCAAAGCCUUUCUUUCCAAAUACUGUGCCGAGCACCCCAACAACUGGGAUGAACACCUGCCAGCGCUUUCCUUUGCCUUCAAUGUGACACGCUCAGAGCCUACUAAGAACACACCGUUUUUCCAAAUGUUCAACCGGAACCCUUGUGUGCUGGAGUGUUCUCAUGAAGCGGGUGGUGAAAAUACAAGUGUGUUUGCCAGAAUCGUAGCUGCAGUUAGAGAGGCUGAUGCAGUACUGGAGAACAAGACACCGUCAGCCGGCCAGAUGGAGAAAAACAAUUUGGAUGAACUAAACAAAACCAAGAGUGUUAAAAAGAAACCAAAGCAGCUAAAUCCUUUUCACUUAAAAGUGGGUCAUGAAGUCCUCAGACAAAGGAAAAACUGGUGGAAAGAUGGCCGUUUCCAGUCUGAAUGGGUUGGUCCUUGUGUCAUAGACUAUAUUACAGAAGGUGGAUGUGCUGUUCUGAGAGAUAACACUGGGACCCGGCUUAAAAGGCCUAUCAAAAUGUCCCACCUUAGACCUUAUGUGAGAGAGUCCGCUGAGCAAGACAGUCUUUAUCUCUUACAAGGUUCAGUAGUAGCAGAUCACGACUACGUUGGAUUACCUGAAAUCCCAGUUGGAGCAUACCAGGCAAAUAUUCUGGUAGAAGAUGGAACUAUUGAUGUAGCUGAUAAUGAGUUAUUGGCAUCAAGCAAGGAUCAUGAACUCUUGGAAUACAGAAAUUCCAAAAUCUCUGCAUUGGUAGAGGAUAACAGUUCUCUUGAGAAACAGACUUUCAGUUUGCUGGAUUCUUCGACUCAAGUUCUCGAGUACUUAAGUUAGUAAAUACCAAAAUUAAUUUAAAAUGCUUACUUAGAAUGUAUAUAGUUUUCGGUUGUAAGCACUUUAUCUAUUAAAGUAGGCUGUAUAGAAGAAAUUUCUUAAUAUAAUAUUAUUAACUAAAUUCUGAAGGCUUAUUUUAAACCUAUGUAAAAUUGUGACACAUUUGAAUACAAAUAAAAAUAUGUAAUAGAAAUAUACAUUGCAUAGAAUUCAGGAAUCUCUUAGACAACAGACAAAAUCCAUUUGCUUCUUUGGAAAUAAAUUCAAGGAGAAAAUUCUUAAACCUUUUUCUAAUAUUGGUACUGCAUUUUCUGUUCUAGUUUUUUUUUUUUUUCAGAAAUAUCUUCUCUUUGAAGUAAAUUUAAACUACUUUUGGCUUAGUUAAUAAAUAUUUAGUGAACAAUAGCAUGAGUGAAACUUUUUUUCCUGUGACAUUAGAACUUUUUAAUUUGUAUUUAUAGAUUUACUUUUGUGUAGUGUCAUUGUGUGUAUAUGUGCGCGCUCGCGUGCGUAUGCACGCAUGCGUUUCUGAUGUGGCUUUGUGCAUGCGAGUACAUGCCUGUAUAGACUAGAAGAAGGUGACAGACAUUCUGAAGCUGAAGUUACAGAUGGUUAUGAGCCAGCCCGUGUGAGUACUGGGAACCAAACUUGGAUCUGCUCCGUCAGCAGGAUACAUUGUAGCCUAAAGGCAAGUGACUGUCAGGGAGAGAAUUAAGUCUCUGACAUCAUAGUACAGACCAAAGAAAAUUGCUGAUAGAAUUCUAGAAAGAAACUGUAAAAGUGGGGGGCGGGGGUGAGUAUAGUAGCCUUCUCCUGCUCUCCUCAGCAGAACAGAGUCCAUGAAGGGCACCUACUGCAGUGCCCCCAUGGUAAAUAAUGAAGUGCUCGUGUCCUUCCUCAUCUCAGUGAAGUCACUGUCCUCUGUUUCUUUUAGAGAUCAUCUUACUUGAAAUCAGCCUGUUUUACUUGUUCUAUUUAAAGAGGCAUGUCAGCAUUCAGAGUCACUUCUGAGUCGCAGAUUCUGAACAGCUAAAAAUAAAGUUUUCCUUUCCUUAGUAAUCUCUCGUCAGAUUUUUGUUAUGUGUGUAUGAGUCAUAUCAGGCUGCAUUGUUCUUCAUGCAAAUUAUCCCCAAAUCUUAGUGGCUUAAAACAAUAAAGCUUUUUCUUGGCCA